AACCUCUCUCUCUCUCUUCAAUCUCCAUUUCAUAUACACAAUAUACAUAUAUAUACACACACCCCUUAUAUAAUCAUUGAAAGAGUUUUUCAUAGAAGCUGAAAUGGAUCUUUCUGCGCACCACCAGAAGCUAUUUGGGAAUUACAAAGCAAGAGAGCCCAUGAUGAGCAGUGUAUCACCAUGUUCCUCAAACCCGCAAACGCAGAUGCAGACGCAUGACCAUCAUCAGCAGAAGAAACAGCGGCCGCAGCCGCCCGAGCAAUCUCUGAAGUGCCCUCGCUGCGAUUCCGCGAACACAAAGUUCUGUUACUACAACAACUACAGCCUCUCCCAGCCUCGCUACUUCUGCAAGUCUUGUCGGAGAUAUUGGACCAAAGGCGGAACCCUAAGGAACAUCCCCGUCGGUGGCGGCUGCCGGAAAAACAAGCGCUCAUCUUCCUCUUCCGCGUCAUCGGCAAGGCUAAGGGCCGCUCCUGAUCAAACCCAUGACGCCAAAGCGCUCGAUACGGCGAGUUUUGGUGGGUCGUACAGCGAUCAAAUUGACCUAGGGCUUGCAUUUGCCUUGCUUCACAAGCAACCACCUGGGUCACAGCUAGGGUUUCCAUCCGAAUUCGGAGGCUCUUUUGACGAUGUUAUAGGGAAUUCCGGUAGCGGCGUGUUUGGGAUGAGCUAUAACGGAGGAGCUGCUGAGAACGCAGGAAUAGCGUUUGGAAACGCGAAUACCGGCGGCUUGGAUGAGGAUCCAAACAGGGCCUUGUGGGGAUACCAUCAAUGGCAGAUGAAUGGAGGGGUGAUGAACUUGGGAGGUAUAAUUAGUGAUCAUCAAACUGAUCCAGGGAUUACAAGCUAUGCUUGGCAUGGACUGCUUAACAGCGGUGCUUUAAUGUAGUUUUAUUCAUCAAUCCAAUUAUGGGUCCAAAAUUAGGGUUUGGAUUUUCAUUUUCAUUUCUUUGGGGGUAAAUUGUGAUAUUCAAGAAAGGAUAGAGAUGGUAUAUUAGGGUUUGUUUGUUCAAGAGUUUCAGAGGUUGGGAAUUGGGGAAUGGGGGGUUAUUUCCUUUUUUUUUUAAUUGUUUUUUUUUUUCUUCGUAUGUUGAUUAAUGGUCCAAAAUUCAAACGAAACCAUUCCCUUU